CUCACACAACACAAAAUAUUAGUCCGCGCUAGCAUUUGCCUUCCCUCAUCUCUUGAAGUCAAUAUCCAGGACACAACUUCAACAGCAUCCCUCUUGCAUGCGCAUCUUCCAGACACCUUCAGACUUCCAAUAACACCAUUCUUUUUCUACGAAACCGGGUUAUGUAAUGUCGCAAGCAACAGCAGCUGAGUUGUGCACGCUCCUUGUUCAAGACAUAUAUGGAGAAGUGUCUUCGAAAGUCGUCAGUAUCCUUCUCGAGCGCGGUCGAUUACCUCUCCUGCAAAUCUGCCAGUACACUGCGCUGCCACAGAAGACGGUCAAGCAGACACUCGUGGUAUUGAUUCAGCAGCACCUCGUCGUUCACUUUACGCACAAUGAGGGAGGAAACCCUGUCUGUUACUACGAUUGCAACUGGACUCAGGCCUACCAGUUGCUACACGCGGGGCGGAUCAUUCGGACGAUCGAGGAGCUCUUUGGCAAUGAUGGCGCUCUGAUCGCCAGCAACUUGCUCCAGUUGGGCCACGCGAGGGUUAGCGACUUUCUGGCGGCCUACGGUAUUUCGACCAAGAAAGCACGGAAGGCUAAGGACAGCGAUCCUUCUGCUGUCAUCGAGGCCGACACACCGAUCACCUCUGUCGAAACGCUGAAGGAGGUCAUAACGAAUAUGUUGCGCGAGAGGUUUCUGGUCGAAGUCAAGCAACACCACGUCCAUACGAGGACCGACAUAGAAAACGGCAUGCGCGCCGAGCUCAUCUCGAAGUUGCACAAGAACUUCAGCAGUGAAUUGAAGUUGAUGAAGGAGGUCAACGCGCAAAUGAAGAUCAGAUUGAAGGAGAUGGAGAUCGGCGACGUAUCGGAGAACGCAGGAUUGAAGAGGAAGGCUGCUCAGCCGGGCGGAAGGUCCAAGAAGCGGAAGAAGGUGUCAAUAUACGACGACGAAGAAGAGGAUGUUGAUUGGGAGGUCGAUGAGAACCUGGUUCUACGAAUCAACCACGAUAAGUUUCUCGUCGUUUUCCGAAAUGCUGAGUUGGUAUCACUUGCCGAACAGCGACUCGGAAAAGUUACUGCGCAGGUCUACGCAGAGUUCCUGAGCAUGAUUGAGCCCCAUAUCUUCCGCUGCAAGGACAACAUUGGAGACGAAGGGGUACAAGAAGACGAAGACAAGCCUUUAAAGAAGAUUAAACUCAGCUGCCGCGAUUUAGCGAAAAACUUCAACAAAGACAUCAAGCUGGAAGGCUCCAUUGCUGUUGCGCCCAAUGAAAGCAAAUCGAAAACACGGAAACGAUCACUCGACAAUUCUGACGAUGACAAACCCCGCAGGAAUGGCAGUAGUAAACCGAACGGCAAGAGCCGUCACAAUUCAGAUGAAUCCGAGGAAGAAUCCGAGGAGGAGGAAGAAGAAGACGAGUGGGCCGAGGUGGACGAAGACAUGGAACCCGAGGCACUCGAGAAGCAAAAACGCAUAAAGCUGAUAAAGCAGCAUUUGCUGCUCCUGCAGGAAGACUCUUUCAAGUUCCUGAUCGGUGAAGGCAACCGAGGUAUGGGAGAGUGGAGUGUUAAUUAUAAGGAGCUGGGAAAGACGAUGCGAAGCAUAGAGCUCGAGAAGAUUGUUGAAGAACGAUUUGAAAGCACAGGGACUCGGUUACUUAGGAUCAUCAAGGACAAGGGAAAACUGGAUGAGAAACAGAUCGCCAACAUAGCGUUACUUAAGCAGAACCAAAUCCGCGCUGUUCUCUCCGGCCUUCACGAGUGCGGUCACAUUGAGCUCCAGGAGGUUCCCAAAUCUAUCCCACCGCAAGCAACGAGGACAUACUUCCUAUGGUUCUUCGACGAGGCACGGGCCAAUGCUCUACUGCUCUCGGACGUCUACAAAGCUAUGAGUAGGAAUAUUCAACGGACCAUGGCCGAGAAGGAGAAACGUAAGCAUCUCAUCGAAAAGAGCGAGCGUUCGGACGUCAAGGCAAACUACGAAGAGUAUAUGUCGAAGAACGAGAAGAAGGAGUUGGAUAUCUGGAGGUCACGGGAAGAACGAAUGUUGGCACAGCUGAUGAGGUUGGAUCGGAUCGUGAUGAUAAUGAGGGAUUAUUAAAGAUUUUGAUAGGAGACUAUGCUAUCCAAGGUAUGGAGCAUUUAGGAGGACUCGGAUGGGAAUGUGUCUAUUGUCGCUAUACUUGUACAAUUAUUUGCAGAUCACUCACUUAUUCUUUCGCGUUUCCUACCUAAUUCAUGGUCACCUUUCAAGCUUUUUGCUUUGUGAUCUUAUCGUCAA